UUAUUGAUAAUCUACCAGUGGAUGUCGUUGUUCUCUCAAGUGUCACUGCUAGAGAUGAAUGAGCUCAAAGCCCUGCGUGAAGACGCGUCCUGCUCUUUCUCCACACAGCAGAUACAGAGAGAGGGAAGAAGGGGGAAACGUGAGUUUCUCCUAUCUCACUAGAGCUCAAACUAACGGGAUCUUCUUAUAUCCUCUUCAUACGCGCACAGAUUCAAGAACCAGACCAAGUGAAAGCGCGUGUAACACAAGGAAUAAGAGAGCCAGCACGAGCUGAGAUUUUUUCUUUCUUUUCAUAUUUUUCAUAGCUGUUUGACGGAGGUUCAGUGACCUGUGCGGAGAUUCUUCAGUUUAUAAUACAAAAUUAUUUAAUUGUGAAAACGAAACAUUUUAGGGUCAUUCGUAGUGGUUUAGAUCUGGUUUCCAGGAGUUUGCCCUUAUGUUCGAGUCAGAUUCAGAUUAGUUGCUAAUUUGGCACCGGUUUGAUCGCGGUGUCACAGCGGCUCUGGAUUGAUCACAUUCAGACUGUCAGUGGAUUCCCCGCUGCAACAUCUGCAAACAGUGAGCGCAUCUCUUGGACACGGCUGUGUGUUUCAGCACAGGGAAGACUGAGGAAGGCGGAUGAUGAUGUUAAGGAUCGCAGAUGCUUUGGUCACUUUGAUGACUCUCCAUUGUUUGGUCAAAGGGACUGUCGGCGGAUACGGCACGGGCAUGAGCAUGUUCGCCGCUCAGACUUCCCCACCGGAUCCGUGUUACGACGAGAACGGUCAUCCCAGAAGAUGCAUCCCUGAUUUUGUGAACGCGGCGUUCGGGAAGGAAGUGCGUGUGUCCAGCACCUGUGGCAAUACGCCGAGUCGGUACUGUGUGGUGACUGAGAAAGGGGUUGAAAGGCACAGAAACUGCCACACGUGCGAAGCAUCGGACCCUAAGAAGUAUCACCCACCUGCAUACCUAACCGACCUGAAUAAUCCUCAUAAUCUCACCUGCUGGCAGUCGGAAAAUUACAUUCAGUAUCCUCAAAACGUCACUUUAACAUUAUCCCUGAGCAAGAAAUUCGAGGUGACCUACGUGAGUUUGCAGUUCUGCUCACCUCGACCAGAGUCUAUGGCUAUCUUUAAAUCAAUGGACUACGGUAAAUCCUGGGUGCCUUUCCAGUACUACUCGACCCAAUGUCGAAAGAUGUACAACAAACCUAGCAAAGCCUCCAUCACGAAGCAAAACGAACAAGAGGCCAUCUGCACGGAUUCUCACACCGAUAUGCACCCUCUUUCCGGCGGGUUGAUCGCGUUCAGCACCCUGGACGGUCGACCCUCCGCGCACGACUUCGAUAAUUCACCCGUACUUCAGGACUGGGUGACUGCCACUGAUAUUAAGGUGACUUUCAGCCGACUGCACACUUUCGGAGAUGAAAACGAGGAUGACUCGGAGCUGGCCAGAGAUUCCUAUUUUUACGCAGUGUCAGACCUGCAGGUCGGCGGCAGAUGUAAGUGUAAUGGACACGCGUCACGGUGCGUGACAGACCGGGAUGGAAACCUCGUGUGCGAGUGCAAGCACAAUACAGCCGGUCCAGAGUGUGACAGAUGUAAACCGUUUCACUAUGACCGACCCUGGCAGCGUGCAACCGCCAGAGAAGCCAACGAAUGUGUCGCCUGCAAUUGUAAUCUUCAUGCGAGGCGUUGCCGUUUCAACAUGGAGCUUUACAAACUCUCCGGGAGAAAAAGUGGGGGAGUCUGCCUGAACUGCCGCCACAAUACAGCAGGUCGCCACUGCCACUACUGCAAGGAGGGCUACUACAGAGACAUGUCUAAGCCCAUCUCUCACAGAAAGGCCUGCAAAGCCUGUGAUUGCCAUCCUGUGGGGGCCGCGGGCAAAACCUGUAACCAAACCACAGGCCAAUGCCCCUGUAAAGACGGUGUGACGGGUAUCACGUGCAACCGUUGUGCUAAAGGCUACCAGCAGAGCCGAUCACCCAUUGCCCCCUGCAUAAAAAUUCCCAUUGCUCCACCAACCACUACUGCAAGCAGCACAGAGGAGCCUGCAGAUUGCGACUCCUACUGCAAGGCCUCCAAAGGCAAGCUGAAGAUCAAUAUGAAGAAGUAUUGCAAGAAAGAUUACGCUGUCCAGGUCCACAUCCUGAAAGCAGACAAAGCCGAUGAAUGGUGGAAGUUCACUGUCAACAUCAUCUCUGUCUACAAACAGGGUGAGAGCCGAAUCCGCAGAGGAGACCAGUUUCUGUGGGUCAGAGCCAAGGACGUGGCCUGCAAGUGCCCGAAGAUCAAACCCAGCAAGAAGUACCUUCUGCUGGGCAACGAUGAGGAUUCUCCUGGACAGAGUGGCGUGGUGGCAGACAAGGGCAGUCUGGUUAUUCAGUGGAGGGACACUUGGGCUCGAAGACUCCGGAAGUUUCAGCAGCGGGAGAAGAAAGGAAAAUGCAAGAAAGCAUAGUGAAGGGAAGAGAGAAGAGGUGGCCAUCCAGAGCUGGACAGAGAAACAACAGACAAGUGGUGGAUGAUAAGGGAAAGGAAAAGCAGAAAAAAAAGAGGGACUGAACAUCGCUGCUUUGAAAAAAGGCAUGAAGAGAAUAUCAGUGUUUUUUUAUUUUAUUUUAUAAAUACAGUAAGAACAUGUGUGAAGGAGCUCACAAUGCAGUUUUCAUUUCUUUGUUUCCUUCGAGAUUUGUUUGUUGUUUGCCAGUUUUGCACCUGUGUCCAGUAAAGAAAGGUAAUUUAACGGCUUCAUAUUUCAGAUGUAUUUGGCAUGUUUUCAGUCUGGUUGAGAAUCGAUCAAGCCAUAUUUCAGAAUCAUAAAAUUAAAAUAAAAAAAAUAAUAACACAGCAAAAAAGCGAUAGUCCUUAAAGGAAGUUCAAUGUAAGUUAAGCUCAAUCAACAGCAUAUGUGGCAUAAUGUUGAUCACAAUCCAGGUUACAGUGUGGCACUUACAAUGGAAGUGAAUGGGGCCAGACCGUAAAGGUUUAAAUACUCAGUGUAUCAAAAGUAUAGCCACAAUACAUAAAAAAUAUGCAUGGUAACAGGAUUUGAUUCAAAUAAAAUUGCUUACUAACCUUUUCUGUGUAAAGUUAUAUUCAAUUUUACAACUUUGUUGCCAUGACAACAUAACGCUGUAAACCCCAAAACGACAAUAAAAUGGACUUUUUAAAAAGUGUACAGCUCAAAUAAUACAGAAUUUUUAACAGAACAAUUAAUGUAUUUUAUCAUUUUAUAAAUUAUAAGUGUCACGUUUCUGAUUCCAUUGUAAGGGCCUCAAUUUUUACUUUUUUUUUUUUAAGGUAGGGAUGUGCCGAAAUUUAUUUUUGUGGUUCUCAACAUUAUGCCACAAAUGCUGUUGAUAACUUGUAUUGAACCUGGAAUAUUCCUUUAAGUAUUUUUAUUGCAAGAAUAAAACAAUUGGUGAGCUUAGGUAUUUAAGAAUUCAGAAACUCUAUUUCAUGCAUAAUGCACUAUUAAGCAUCUAAGAUGCCAACAUUUCAGAAAUUUUAUAUCUCAGUUUUUAAGACUGCAGUUAUAAGAUUUAUGUCUUCUUUAACAAAUUUAAGAGGUUCUUUUUAAAUACCAUUUCAAGAUCUGAGCAUUUUAAAAAGCAUUACUUUGUAACAAUAUUGCAUCACAAAAUACAUAAUUACCACAGUUGUGUGCAUGUAUUAAUGUAUAUUAUUAUUAUUAUUAUAUUAUUAUAAUGAAUGCACUCAGCAUUAGUAUGAGAUGACCGGUUUAACGUCAUCAUUAUCAUCCAUUUCUGGUGCAGCAAAAAACAAAAGUAGAAAAGCUCUUGUAUAUGUAUAUUUCAUGUAACACUACUAACCUUUGAAGACUGGUGCUGUUGUUUCAAACGUCACAGUGAAUCAAUUGUUUCUGCUGUGUAGUCAUCAGUAAAAUGAACAUUCUGGGGUUUUCCCAGAUUACUGCAGACUCAGAGUCUGACACGGCACGACAAUAGCAAAUCUUCAAGGUUUCUGUUCAAUUUAUAUGUUUCUGAUAGCCUUUUCUUUUUUAGGUGUCCCACAUUUUCUCUACUUCAAGACUGACUUCCUAAACAUCCAAUAUUUGCUGAAAGUAGCUCUGUAAAUGUUAUAGUAGUGCCCAUUGACUGCUGUCUUCAACAGACAGGUCUCCACAAACAUAGGCUACAUUUGGUAUAUUUGAGAUGCAGAUUUACUAUGUAUCAGCCAAGAUCAAUUAAAGAAUUUUUUUUUUUUUUUUUUUAAAUGUCUGUUUAAGCCAUGUGUGAAGAGGCCACGACAUGACAUUUCUUUACAAUAAGAAAACAUCUGUUCUCCUGACAAUUGUUUUAAAACUGAUUUAGGAUCUAUAAAAAUGAAAUAGCAUGCUUGUACAAAAUUGUGGGCAAACCCAAAAUUAUUAGCAUGCCUUUACAAUUAUUUUUUAACUUUGAAUAAAUCCACCAUGUAUAUUUUUGUAAAAGACAUGACUGAGGUAGAUGACUCUAAAUACAAACAUAAUUUCUUGUUCCAUUUGAUGCUCUGAUUCAAUUGUUUAUAGUCCAGACAUGGAUGAUGACGUCGUUUUGUUAAAACAGAACUCCAGUGAGGCGAGUCCAAUGUAUAAACAGGCCUUUUCGUUACAAAAGUCCUGAAAGAGUUGGUAGAAUGAUGUGUAUAGUUAGUAUUUUCUUUGUGUGUAAAACAGUAUUUAGAAGUGUACGAAUUUAGUUUUGUAAAUCAACAACAUUCCUCUAACAUUACCCAUAUCUGUUUAGGGUCUGUGAAUGUAGGUACGCAUGUAAUGUUUCACUACAAUAGAGUAUUCUCUUCACUGUGAGAAACGCUGCUCAGACUCACACACGCGUUCCUUACUCUGUUACUGAAAAGACCCAGAUCUCUAAAGUAACAGCUACAGUGUUGAACACUUGUCCACUGAUCUUUGAAGGGCCACUUUUGCUUGUGUGAUCCAUCCUUCACAGAUCAAUAAGACACCACAUGCAAGAACUGAUAGUAAUUUCACUAUAAAUUAUAUAUAUAUAAAAUAAUAAUAAAAAAUAAAAUCAUGCUCCUGUAACUUUUUUUUGUUUGUUUGGUAAAUGUACACAAAAUGUAUGGCGUACAGAUAUUUAUACAUAAGCUGCAUUUACCGGUUACAAAACAAUAUUUGUAAAACCACAUGUAUAUGCAUUUUGUUUGCCACUCAAUAUGUUCUUAGAGCACAUUCAUUUUUCAUUCUAUAAAGUAUUCUAAUGAUGUAAAUUUAUGUUGUUUUUAUUUUUGGCAGCAGUGGAAAGAUGGCUCCUGUGUUUGACAUUACCAGCAGACAUUACAUACAUUGCUUCUUGUUCAUAAUAUAAAUUGUAAAUGUAGCUGUGGCAAAUACAAUACGUCUGCAAUAUUGUUUUACAAUGCAUACUAAUAUAUUAUGGUUAUUAUGUAAGAAAAUAUUUAAUGACACAAAACAUUGUAGAUUUUUUUAUGUCAUGUCUUUUUACCUUUUUUUACAGUUUGUGGUUGUUUAGAUGGUUGUGAUUAAAAUCCAGAGAGGAAGAUAACUACUGAACACCAAUCUGGUAGAACCACAUUCAGCAUUCAUUUGGAAUAAAACCUCAAAAACCACAAGUGUGCCUUACUUCUAU